CUGCAAAUCCUCUUGAUAUUUUAGAAAUAGAGAGAACAAAAAGCUGCUAGGGAAUGCAGAGAGAUGAAAAGGGAAUCGUUGAGAAGGCCUGAACUGUGCCGGCACGGUAAACGCUCCGUCCGCCGCCGCGACUGCCACCGUAAACACGUCGAAGACGGGUGAAUAUUGUGUACUCUCUCUCUAAAACCCCCCCCCCCACAUCUCUGCUUCUAAUCGCCCUCUUUCUUUUCGUUAUCUAAAAAAAAGCUUUAUUUUUAUUGUUUUUCUGGGCUGUAUUUCUCAACAAAAAUGGCCGGAAAAGAUAUUAAAAGUGAUAAUCCCUUUCUUCUUCACGGAAAAUACGAGCUUGGUCGUAUGUUGGGUCAUGGAACUUUCGCGAAAGUAUACCAUGCCCGGAACAUCCAAACGGGGAAGAGCGUCGCCAUGAAAGUCGUCGGCAAAGAAAAGGUUAUCAAAGCCGGGAUGAUGGAGCAGAUAAAGCGAGAAAUCUCCGUCAUGAAGAUGGUGAAGCACCCCAACAUAGUCGAAUUACACGAAGUGAUGGCGAGCAAAACCAAGAUUUACUUCGCCAUGGAACUCGUCCGCGGCGGAGAACUCUUCACGAAAGUCGCCAAGGGCCGUCUCGAGGAAGAAACGGCAAGAGUUUACUUCCAACAGUUGAUUUCCGCCGUCGAUUUCUGUCACAGUCGUGGCGUUUACCACCGCGACUUGAAGCCCGAGAAUCUGCUGUUGGACGAAGAUGGCAACUUGAAAGUUACGGAUUUUGGUCUCAGCGCUUUCACCGAACACUUGAAACAAGAUGGAUUGCUACACACGAGUUGUGGAACGCCGGCUUAUGUCGCCCCUGAUGUUAUCGGGAAGAAAGGAUACGACGGUUCUAAAGCAGACACCUGGUCUUGCGGCGUUAUCCUUUAUGUUCUUAUUGCCGGAUUCUUACCGUUUCAAGACGACAACUUGAUCGCCGUUUACAGGAAGAUUUACAGAGGAGAUUUCAAGUGUCCGCCAUGGUUUUCACCUGAAGCUCGUAGGUUAAUCACUAAUCUUUUAGACCCGAAUCCGAAAACCCGAAUCACCAUCUCGAAGAUCAUGGACUCGUCCUGGUUCAAAAAAACAACACCCAAAAUGGUUAAAUCCAAGGAAGAGUUCGAAUUCGAAUGUUUCAACGGUGACAAAUCAUCGAAGCCGGAAACUUUGAACGCCUUCCAUAUAAUUUCUCUGUCGGAGGGAUUCGAUUUGUCGCCGUUGUUCGAGAAGAACAAGAGAGAAGAGAAACGAGAGCUGAGAUUCGCGACGACUAAGUCGGCGAGCAGUGUGAUAUCGAGACUUGAAGAGGUGGCCAAGUCGGUGAAGUUCAGCGUCAAGACGAGCGAGUCGAGAGUGAGGUUGCAGGGUCGGGAAUGUGGGAGGAAAGGGAAAUUGGCGGUGGCCGCCGAUAUAUUCGCGGUGACGCCGUCGCUGUUGGUGGUGGAAGUAAAGAAAGACAACGGCGAUACGCUCGAGUACAACCAGUUCUGCAGUAAAGAGCUCCGACCGGCGCUUAAAGACAUCGUCUGGACCUCGGCCGCCGAGAACUCGACAUUUGUUUGAUUUGUGUAAUGAUGUUUGUUCUUGUUUGAGUAAAGAUUGUUUUUUUAUGAGAAACAAAGGUUGUUCUG